CUAUCCCCAACGGCCAACAAUGGGAUUCUUCAGACGGUCUGAGAAACCCGAGAAGAGCGCUCCCGCUCCGGCGGACGCUCCUGCCAUUGAUAUGGAUUCCGUGCCUGCUACCUCAUAUACUCAGUCUUUUCGGUUAAGUGAGCCGGUGAAACCGAGACAUGAGUUCAAGAGCUACCGAUUGAAGGGAGAAUACGUGCAACCAUGGAUAGACGACAAACGGAUGAAACGAACAAGAUUCGGCAAUCUGAUUGUCUAUGGCAUGAUGUUCAUUGCGUUAUGCUUGAGCGGAUACAUUACGUACGAUGGAGCAAACAGUGCAAAGACAGGAGAAUACUGCUUAGUGAUGGAAGACAACUUCGAUCGAGGUGGCCUCGACGAAAGCCACUGGACUCAUGAAGUGCAAAUGGCCGGCUACGGCACAGGCGCCUUCGACUGGACAACCACAGACCAGAAGAACAGCUUUACCGACAGCGAAGGCCUACACAUCGUGCCCACCAUCACCACCGAAUCCACCGAUCUUACCGAGGACCAGCUCCUCAACGGCUACAGUCUCAACCUCACCAAGAGCGGAGGUGACGGCACCUGCACAUCCGAUGAUUACCUACAGUGUUCCAUCCGAUCCAACGCAAGCACCGGCGCAAUCCUCCCUCCCGUGCGCUCUGCCCGGCUCUCCACAAAAGGGAAAAAGUCCAUCCGCUACGGCCGCAUCGAAGUCGUUGCCAAAAUGCCCCGCGGCGACUGGCUCUGGCCUGCCAUAUGGAUGAUGCCCGAAGACUCAAAAUACGGCCCCUGGCCCGCGUCAGGCGAAAUCGACAUCGCCGAGCUCCGCGGAAACUCCUACGAAUACCCCCUCGGCCGCGACGCCCUCACAUCCACCAUCCACUGGGGCCCCACCACAAAAACAGACGCGUAUUGGUCUACCUAUGGCCACAAGUUCCUCCGUCGCACCGACUACUCGAAGGACUUCCAUACCUUCGGGCUCCAGUGGUCCGAGGAUACCAUGUUCAUGUAUCUCGACAACCGCAUGAAGCAAGUCUUUUAUAUGAAGUUUGAUGAUAAGCGGACUAUGUGGGAUAAGGGCGGGUUCAGCGGUGCUACGGCAAAUAACAGCGUUAUUGAGAAUCCGUGGAAGAGCACUGGCAGGGGAAACACGCCGUUUGACGAAAAGUUCUAUCUUAUCCUGAAUGUGGCUGUUGGCGCGCAGAAUGGGUGGUUUUUUGAUGGCAAGAACGGUAAGCCUUGGGUUGACAAUGGACCUACCGCUGCACGCGAUUUCAUCAAAGCAAAAGACCAAUGGCUCCCCACGUGGGGCGAAGGCAACGACCGCGGAAUGACGGUCAAGAGCGUCAAAAUGUGGCAAGAAGGCAAAUGCUAGAAACGAACUUCGAUCGAACUGAUGCAAGCGUUUUCCAUUAUUAUUCUCUUUUUUUCUUAGUUGUAUACCAUUGCUUGAUGUCACGUUUUUUGGCCGACUCGCAGAGGAUGGGGGAUGGAGAUGUCUCAGAGUACUAAUAGUAAUGCUUGAUAGACUCCUAAUCUAAUGCACAUCUACACCAAUCAAUAUUUCUUAUGCAAAAUAGUGAGAUGGUUGCAGGAUUUCAAGAUGAACCAAGUAUACUCUAGCACGAUCUCAAAUCCCCCCUGCCAGAUCCCGCACAUCUACAUUCACCUCUUCCCGCACCCGCCACCAAUGCCGCGGUCCACCAUCUACGAACAAAACAUCGCACAUCCCUAUCCCAUCUCUAUACCAUUCUCGAAAAUCAAUAAACACACACCCGCACAGACACACUCCCUCUCACCAUAGUUCCCCCUUCCACAGCAUCACCCGCCCCGGCGCAAAGCAUCCCCCCUUGAUAAGCCAAGUUCCAUCCCGCCCCCAAAGGCCGAUCAGGCCCCCCACGCACCUCCCACGCACCCGCGCUAUACAAACUCGUUGCUUUUUUUUCUUCUUC